AUGGAAAGGCUCAAUAUAGGAGUUUAUGUAAAACUUUCAUUAGAAUCAAUCUCAGGGAAUAUACUCGCAGGGAGAUUAUUAACUAGUAAUAAAAAAAAUUUGAAUAAAAUAACGCAUAUUUUGCAUUAUACAUCAGUAAAGAUUAUUUUGCCAAAAUGGUUACGAUCACCUUUAGCAUGUGCUGCCAAUGUUGUAAAUUCAGUAAAAACUCGUCCUCGUGUCCUAUCAUUGUAUCGGCAAAUAUUUAGAAUUGCUCGAAUAUGGCAAGCAAACUCUGGUUCAGUCGAAGAUUCGUCACGUCAAGCUGAUUAUAUAAAAGAGGAAGCAAGAACUUUAUUUCGUCAAAAUGCACAUAUUACAGAUGAGAUAGAAAUUGAAAAUCAUAUUAAAGAAGCUGAAGCAAGAAUAGAAUUAACUUUACAUUAUGGUACACCAUAUCCACGUUUAACUAAUUUACCACCAAAUACUUUAGCCGCACAUAUGAAUACAUCAACGAAGGGAUCAACACCACCACCAUCGUCCAGUGGAAGUUUUACAACAACAAAUAAUAGUAAUAGUGUACAUGAAAAAAGUAGAAUAUCACGACGAACUGAACGUGCAUUAUAUGAAUCUGUUCCAGCUUAUUUAAAAUCAUAUACUUAUAGACCGAAAAAAUGAGGAGAAACAGUAUUACGUCAUAAAUUUUCCUUUCUUUUUUCUUCGUUAUUUAGAUAGUAAAUACAGAUUCAUUUAAAU